UUGCUGCGUGGCAGACAAACCAAAAAUAGACUAGCAGAAAAAAAAAAGCAGUUUUGCAGAUAAUAUCUAAAUAUAUAAAAUGAGAAAACGUUCUACUCUAGAAUGCUAUCGUAGCAAUCAGAAUACAUGCAACCGCAGGAUAACCUGAACAGAAGGGAAAUGAAGAAAUCUGAUGAUGACCUAACGCAGCCAGAAACAGGUGGAAAUGUAAUCGGAAAGUUGACAGAUACACUCUUUGGAUAUCAAUGACCUUCUACAGAUCAAGACCCUUUUUAUUGGGCUUCUUGGGGUUCUGCAUUCUUAAAGACCUUGUAAGUAGUCAAAACUACACAUUGAUAUUUGAAAGGGACAUCAACCAUAUCCGCAAUUGCAGCUGCUUUAGCGAUGUCCGAAACUGUGACUUCAAUCAGGCCAGUGUCAAAUGUGAUUGCAGGACGAUCACGUUUCAAAGAAACAGAACAAUGUCACGACUUGUCGAUACCGGUGCCCUCACUGUCUGGUUCCUGGAUACAUCUACUCUUGGACAACUGCUGAACUUUACAAUCAUACAUGACCUAAAACUUUCGCUGUGUGUAGACACUGCUCUUCCCACUCAAUACUUGGCCAUCCUGGGGCUGAUGCGUCUUCGGGUUCAGCCAUAUGGUGCGCCUGAGCAAAACCUGACAAUCUACAACAAUGGAGACAUCAAAUCCCAUCACCAAUCCAGCCAGUCUUCUAGAGAAAAGAGUUUCCUGUUUCACAUAUCUUACCUAGAUACAUCCCUCUUCAAUGGAAAUUCUUUUUUGAAGUCAUAUAGUGUGGAGAAUGUUCCAAGCAUUGCAGAGAACCUCCCAAAGUUACCUUAUGUCAACUUAGGUUCCACCACAAGCAACAGAAGUUAUGUUGUAACAUUAAUUUACUGAUAUAUAAAAAACAUGGAGAAUAAUAAUGAUACCUGUAUUUAAAAUGUGUAUUUUUAAAAUAAAGAAUUAGUGCCACUGAUCACAUAAGUAAAAUGUAACUGGGUUCAUGUUAGUCACUGGGCAUAAUUUAUUUAUGGCUAUUUAUUUUGAAUGUUAAGAAUCAAGGGAGCCCGCAAACUGGUAACUUGCCUCGGGUCCUGUGGGAAAGUAAUCCUUCUAUAUGUGACUGGGGGAUGGACAGAAUGGGGUUGUUAGAAGGUGGAUAGACCGAAGAUGGGGUAAGUAGACUGACAGAGAAGGGUGUGGACAAUCAGAGAAUAUUGGGACAGGCUGAAAA